GAUCUGCCCAGGGUGGUGGCCGGCCAGCGAGGCCGGGGCUGGGGGGGUACCCGGGUCUGGCUCUAACAGCCUGUCUCCUGUGCGCAGAUCCCAGCUUACCCAGACCCUCCAUCUCUCUGAGCCCCACUGGAGUCACCGUCCCAGGGGCAAACGUCACCAUCCAGUGUCAGGGGCAGCACCGGGACGUGACGUUCUUCCUGCACAAGGCUGGAGACCGGAACCCGCAGCGACACAUGGAUCCUGCUGGGGACGGGGUCGAGUUCCUCAUCACCACCAUGGGCUGGCAGCAGGGAGGGAACUACAGCUGCAGCUACCGGCUCCAAUCAGAGCCCUUCAUCUCCUCAGAGCCCAGCGACCCCGUGCAGCUGGUGGUAGCAGGGUAAGGUCCAGCCCCGAGACAGAGCAGAUGAGACCCCAGCUCUGCUUCCCAUCCCGAUCUACCUGACCCAGGACACAGGACUCCUGGGUUCUCUCCCCAGCUAGAGAUGGGAAGUGGUGUCCAGUGGUUACACCAGGGGGGGCGAGGAGGUUUUAAUGUUGUACUUUUUAGUUAUUUUCCUAAUGAUAGGUUGAUU